AUGUCGAGCGCAAAAAGAGAAGCUCUGUCUGCUUGUACGUCGGUGGAAUCGAUGGGCAGUGCGAUGGCGUCGAUGCCGCAUUACCUUUCCAAGGGCGUCAAUGAACUUACCGCUUCGGGUAUCGAGGAGGCGGUCCACGGUCUGCGAUCAAUGCUGCUGUUGACCAUAACAGGCGUCGAAGAGCUUAUUCUGUUCGUCAUCAAAAUGAUGUAUCAGACAUAUUUGUGCCUUAUCACUCUGGCUGUGCGCGCAACUGUAUCGGUGACAACCGGGCUUAUUGAAGAUGUGCUCGAUGGAUUAAACAGCACUCUACACGAUAUCAGCAGCGGUCUCACGAAAUCAGCGGACAAAUUUGAGACUGCACUCGAAGGAAUUAUCAGCAAAGUCAACAAAGCUGCCACACUCCUGGGUGACGACCUCCCCGCAGUGAAUCUGACCGGCACUAUCGAUUCAAUAAAAGAUAUCGACCUUUCUAUCCCAUCAGGAAUAGAUGAGAAGCUCGACAAACUCAACAGCUCGAUCCCCACUUUCGACCAAGUUCAAAACGAGACCGAAAAGAUCAUUCGGUUUCCCUUUGAAGAAGUCAAGAAGCUGCUCAAUCUCCACCUCGGAAACUACACAUUCGACCGCUCGGGUCUUCCCGUUCCCCAAAAGAAGCAGUUGACAUUCUGCAAUGAUAAUGAUGGUAUCAACGGAUUCUUUGAUGGGGUAGGGGACGUAGUCUCCACCGCCAAAAAAAUCUUUAUUGCCGUGCUGGUCGUGGCUGCUAUCCUGGCCUGCGUUCCUGUGGCAUGGCAAGAAAUCCGACGUUGGCGACAUAUGAAUGAACGCUCACAGCUGGUGCGCAAGGACACCCACGACCCGAUGGAUGUCGUUUAUAUCGUUUCAAGGCCUUACUCUGCAGCUGCAGGUAUCAAGGCUGCCAGCCGUUUCAGCAACAGUCGUCGGCAAAUUCUGGUUCGCUGGGCAAUAGCCUAUGCUACAUCACCAACUGCACUCCUAGUUCUGGCCCUCGCCCUCGCCGCCCUUUUCGCCUGCUUGUGUCAAUACAUAUUGCUCAGGGCAGUUGCAAAGACAGUCCCAGCACUGACUACAGAGGUCGGUGCUUUUGCUGAUAAAGUUGUCGACUCACUUCAAAAUGCUUCAGCGGACUGGUCAAACGGCGCCAACAAGGUGAUCACUGAUUUUGAUGAUGAUCUAAAUCAUAACGUGCUGGGCUGGGUGAAUACGACUACCGGUGCAAUUAAUGAUACCCUCGAGGCUUUCAUUAAUAAGACAAACGGCGUCCUGAGUGACGCUUUCGGCGACACUCUUCUCUACGUGCCCAUUAAGGGCAUCUUCGAUUGUCUCAUCGAAAUGAAAGUCGAGAGCGUGCAGCAGGGUCUAACGUGGGUCAGCGACCAUGCUCACAUUAACUUCCCCCUGCUACCAAACGACACUUUUUCUCGCGGCGCACAGAGCAGUAUUUCCGACGGCUCGGAUCCAUCAGAAAGUUUCCUAGCUGAUGCCGGCGAUGAGACCUCCAACAAGAUCAGCGAAGUCGUGACAUCUGUAAUCAACAAGCUUUACGCCGGUCUCCGAGUUGAAGCCAUUAUUGCCACCUGUAUUCUUCUCCUCUGGGUGAUAAUUGUCCUGAUCGGUGUCGUGCGCGCCAUGGCGCUCUGGUGGGGUCAUGAUCGAAACCGUGGUGAGGGCGGCGGCCAUGCAUUGGACGCGAUACCCAACCAUCCUGCACCAGCUCCAACUUCAUUCGGAGCUGGCUUCACAGAUGUACCACUCACUGCUGUUCCGAAGGGUAACCUUGGCUCUAUCAAUACGAUGCCGCAAUAUGAGACCCCAGCGGAGAGCUCCGUGGCGCGAAGUGGAUCUGAAUUCCCUAAUGAGAAGCUAGGAUUUGCAGGGCACAGAAGUUAUCAUGUUGACUCGGCUUCUAUGAGAAAGAGUAACUAUGUUGAAUAUGAUGUAAAGAGGUGA